AUGUCCUAUUUAUUUUUUAUGUUAUUAAUUUGCUCUUUACGUACAGUAUUCUGUGUACGAUGCUAUCAAUGUGCUUCAUCAGAUAAUAUUAAAGAAGAUACAUGUGGAGCAUACAAAAAGUUUGAUACAGAUAGUCACAUAGCAGUAGAAUGUAAUAGUGAUGAAUCUCACAUGCCGGGAUCCUUUUGCAUGAAGCUAACUCAACAGGGACCUAAAGGGUUUAUUUGGGAUGGACGGUGGCGCCAAGUAAUAAGACGUUGUGCAUCAGUUGCUGAGACUGGUGUGACUGGUGUUUGUAAUUGGGGGGUCUAUCCAAAUGGUGUUUAUUGGGAAGAGUGUUAUUGCUCUGCAGAUGAGUGCAAUGGUUCAUCAAACAUUCAUACAUCUAUCACUGUUUUGCUGAGUACAAUAUCUGGUUUAUUUUAUUUGAAUAGGGUGUUACUUUGA